AUGGCAGAGUCAGUUGGAGUGCCUGGUUCUCACCGGGAACCCUAUCGUUAUGAUCCCCCGCCUCGUCGCCAUCGCGCAGCAACUCCGCCCAUCGAACAUGCCCCUCCAUUACUUGCAGAAUCAAGACAAGAAGUACCGCCACGGGAACGUAAAUUAACGCCCAACAAACGCCUGAAGCCUAGCAGUCAUGAAACAGGGUCAUCUGCCGACGUUUCUCACCUUGAAAGCGAGGCUGAUCUUCAUGAGGGACAUAGUCGAGGGCAAGAAAUAGAUAUGGUAAACAACAGACACACAAUAAGAAUACCAGGAUCUGGGACGUCCGAGAUCAAAGAAUACGUAACUUCUACACCACUCGACUAUACUUCUGUACCGGGGCACCCGUUACGAAUAGUUGGAGAAAAGGCGAUCCGUCAUAUGUACAAAAAGGAGCUGCUUAAGAAAGGAAUCAUUGGACCUUGUGAUCGACUCAUGCGUUCUUUGAGCGGAGAAGAAAAGAAAGCUGCUGUACGAAGAAGGUUAGUGCCCAACUCAGAUUUGAAUGAUGGAGAAAGGCGUGCUCUUGAGCUUCCCACACCCAAGGUAUCGGCGAACGACCUUAGCGCACUACCCCGAUACGUUUUUUCGAUUAAUUCUGUACACAAUUCCUUUAAGGGACCUCAGUCGGGUUCUCUCAAAGGUGGAACUCACGUGGAAUUGAAGGAUGGAACCCAUGACCCCGACCCUCCAGAAACAGGAGCAUCGAUCUUCAAUACUGACACCAUUGAUACCAGGCCAAAGUUGGGUUUAUCGGAGCCCAUUCUUUACAUAUCUGACCGCCAAAAAGCAAUCAAAUCUACUGCUGAUGACCAUCACCAACACCAGAACGAUGCGUCUCGUCACAGGGCCAAACCCCUCCAUAGUUUUCUUCCCGGGUAUAGAGAAUUCCCAAGCCAUCCCCAAACAAAUCAUAAGAAGAAAUCAGGCCCAAACUCAUACGACCCUAUUCGGACAGGGCGAUUCGAGGCGGAACCCAAGACCAAUGCGAACAUCAGACGCAGAGACAAUAUGUCCGCGAUUCGACGGCGAGCAAUGAAUGAUCAUCUCAUGAGGGAGAAGAGAGAUGCAUCUCAAAAACCCAUAAGCAUCAGAAGAGGCGAAGGUUUUGACUCGAAUGUCCGAAAUGAUUCCAGGAACAUGGCAUCCUUGAUGGACACACGCUCAAAUUUGCCUGACGCCGUAACAUCACAUUUUGGACUUGAAAAGUUUGAUAAUGUUGAUCCCGUGAUUAGCUCUAAGCGCUUCUCUGGUAGCAGCAAGGGGCCUAUAUCUACUAUGAGCGCACAGCUGGCGAUCGAUUGUGAGCUUUGCGAUGAGAUGCUACCGGUAUUAGGCGAAGAGCCUUACGCACAACUCCUUACACACUUAAGGGUUAUCCACAAUUUUCAGCGGCAUAUGUGCGUGACAUGCGGGGCUAAGUUUGGUACGGAAGGUGAGGUGCGUAACCACCACUCGCAGGAGCAUUGGAGCUCCCCCAACGAACCCAGGAAUGCACCGGCUCGACUUUACAACACAUACACCAUCUCUCAAGAUACAACAACCGUUGCAACAUGUCAAAGCAAGACUAGACUAUGCGCCGUACAAGAUCGUGAGAUACAACUAAGGGAAAUGGUUCAACAGCCAAAGCUUUCGCAUGGAAGUCGACUCGAUCUGGGAUGGAUGUCGCAGGUAGACAGUAUUUCCCGUCCAUAUCAUCUUGUGAUAAAGAACGAGCAUCGUUUGUCCAAUGUCAGAGCAUCAAAAUGA